AUGGACCGGCUUGUGCGAUCCACAGAGGCGGGCAAGCUGCAUCCUAAGCUCGACCAAUUCCCAUUCAUUGUCGGUUGGAACCGUCUCUCGCUCAAGGUCGUCGAAUAUACGACUCACUGGAACGACACCGUUGCACCGAAGGUCGAUGAAAUGGCCCGCAAGCACGUCGGCUUGCUCCGUACAAUUCUUACUGCCCAACUCGACUGGGUCAUGCUGGAGCAUUUCCUCGACAAAACUGCUGCGGACAAACUCAGUACCGUGACGACGUCCUGCUUGAUUGUUGGAGCGAAGAACAUAGCACUGCAACUGUUGAGGUCUCAUACUUCAUUAUCCUCCCGGACUUCCAAUCCUGCGUUCUUGUUGGUAUGGAGCAUUGGAACGACGACGUAG